GCUGUCAUUCUGUUUUAGUAGCGUUGUACUACUUAUAUUUUGAUGUUCUGUGUCGUAGUGUCAGACUCUGUCAGAAUGAGCAGAUCUUUGGUCUUCAUGUUAUUUAUUAUAGAGUUUAUUUCAUUCAGAAUGAAAAUAAAUUGUAUUUAAUGUCAUAAAGACCUUUUGCAUUGUGCAGGUUGCUGUUUUGUUCGAAAAUUAAUAUCUUUGAUGGGUUACGCCUAUCAUUGAUUGGUGCUGUUUCGCUUUCAUCAGAGGUGCAAGUGUAUUGUGGAUUUGGAGUAUGGGAGUAAAUACGUUUUAUGUGGGUGUUGAUGAGGAUAACACGUCCCCUCUUAACGAUAUUGAAGUGCAACGACGGCGAAAGUAAAGGAAGUUGAAAUGUUUGUACUGCGAUUUAGGCUAUACUUGUUGUUAGGUAGCUUUCACGGUAGGUGCCUAUGUGCUGCAGAAAAUCACAAAAAAAUACACAUUGAUAGGAAUGGUUUCGUGAGAUGGCAUACGUCAACGUAGCGGAAUGGAAACCUGAGCAAGUAACAGAAUGGUUGAAAGGACUCGACAACGCAGUUUUACCAUAUAUACAUUCCUUUUUGAACAAUGAAGUCAGCGGGCAGCAGCUAUUGAACCUGAGACCUGACGAUCUUGACCACUUGGGUGUACACAAACUUGGUCACCAGGAACUUAUUUUGGAAGCUGUCGAACAUUUAAGAGAUUUUCACUAUGAACUGGACAGAGAAAACUUGCAGUUGCUUGCUCUGCGUUUGUCCUGCUCCGCUAACAGCCUAUACAAGGAACUAUUGCAGAAUACUGUCUCACUUCCAGUCAGUACUCAGACACUGGCAGAUGUAGCCAAUGUAAUUAGUGCUGUGAAGCCACUUGUUUGCUGGCUUGACAGGUCACCAUUUACAGGACAGCUUGAGUAUCAUGAACGCAAGGUUUCAUUGCUACGACUAAGUUUAAAGAUAGCUACAUGUGCCCAUCUUGAUCGGUUUGCUGAAAGACCUAUAGAAGAGAUUCGCUCUUCAUGUCAGGAACUAGGAAAAUUGGCAGAUGGGAUAAUACAAGAUAUUGUGGAUCCAUUAGUUCUUCAACCAGCAUCACUUGACCUUGCCACCCUGAGGAAAAGGCCUGGUGAUGAUCUUGGCUUUUUCCUGGUGCCUUCUUUUCAUGGUAUUCAUCAAAUAGGCGAGAUUAAAUUUAGCUCACCUGCACAUCAAUGUGGAAAGAUUGAGGAAGGUGAUGAAGUAGUUCAGGUCAACUAUCAGACUGUGGUAGGGUGGCAAGCAAAAAAAGUCAUGAUACUGUUCGAAGAGAGCCCUACAGAUGUAUUUUUGACUCUGAAGAAGCGCCCUCGGCAUACGAAAGUAUAUGGGCAAAUUUAUAUGAAGCCUUACAGAUUGCCAAGUAAAAAACGUGCUGCACCGUAUUCUCGCUGGAAUGAUAAUUUGCCAUCACCAAGACCUGAGCUGCUUACAAUUCCAGAUUUUGAAAUGCCAUUGCCGAGAUCUUCACCAAAGCAACAGUCUAGAGAAGCAGAGGAACAGCCAGAAGCUGGCUUGGAUUCUGAUGUGGAUGAGGAUGAUGAUGACGACGAUGAUGAAACGUUUCUACCUGGCUCUGCUGAUGACGAUGGUGGACAGGCAUCACCGACAUCUGCUAGACUGUAUUUGCCAAAACAAAGGUCGUCUGUACAAAGAAGAGCUACUGUUACUGGGGCAAGUCCUACAAGCAAGAGGUCACCAGUGAAAUUAGAGGAGCUGCUUCGUGGUCUUCCACAAGAAGGACGCGUUCUGCGAGACAAAUCAGCAAGUGUUGGACAUGGGUUGUCAUCCGGAUCAUCUCGCCCAGCAACAUGCCUUGGUAUAGAAGGCCGUAAGUCAGGAACACGGGGGAUCCUGGAUAAGAGUCACAGUACUCCUGCAUAUGAUCUGACAGACUCAAGAAGUGUUGUCGUGAGGGAUGCUGCUAUUGUUGACAGUGGACCUCCAGACAUCACAGUGAUCCAGGCAGUCAACUUACCUCUUGUACAGGCAAAUGUUUCUAUGGAUGUUCAGAACAGAUCGGAAAUGUCAGAAGUAGGAAACAGCACCGAACCUUCAUCUUCUGCCGCUGUCACUGUGGAGCAUACCACAGCUAAUGCAAGAGACAUCAUUCCUCUUCCUCCAGGUGCUCAGUCUGUACCUUCAAGCAGUAAUACCGAAAGAACACAGACACUUCCACUGCAAAAUACUCACUCUUCAAAUACACCAUCUGAAUCAGCACCUCCAACAAAGCCCCGUAUACCUCUGCCCCUGCUUAGUCCAAGAACACAGAAAAAGAGGAAUUUGUUGUUAUCAAGACGUCGCAACAUACCAGCAGCUGAGGCUACUGUGGGUGCUGAAAAAUCAGGAUGGCUGGUGCGUCGGUGCCGGCAAGGAGGUGCUGGUGCUGCAUGGGUGCGGGCUUGGUGUGUGCUCCGAGCACCGGUCUUUUACGGCUUCCGUUCACGUGAAGCAGCACAUGCUGAUAUCAUGGUGUCAUUACCAGGAUUUACUGCAGCACCUGCUACAGAGGUUAAAUCGAAGAGCUUUGCUUUCAAGAUAUACCAUACAGGUACUGUGUUUUACUUUGCAGUGGAGUCAGAAGAUGAGUUAACAGGCUGGUUGGACUGCAUAAGUGCUGCCACAGUUGUCAGUGAUUCAUCACAGGAACCGGAAGUUGUCUUUAGUGAAACAGAAGAAGAAGAUCCACUGACACCGCUACCAAUGGACCAAGACAGCAAUCACUCCAGUCCCAAAUCUCGAAGAUUUGCUGCAUGGCUUGGAGGAUCCAGUCAGCCUGGAUCACCGCAAAAUGCCAUUACAACUUCCUCAACUGGAGAAGACUCAGGAAAAAUUAGUGCCGAGUCAAGAAAAUUUGGUUCACUGAAAAAAGUAUCCAGCAAUAAGAUUGCCAAUACUGCUGCAAAUGAAUCAUCACCAAAUCCAUCAUCUAGCCUUGAUCGGAAAUAUCUUCGCUUUCUUGGAGCACCACCACAGCCUGUUCCAACAGCGCGAUUCAGAAGUUACCGACGUGUAGUUCCUGCAGCACCACAGCGGCGACCUGUCACUAGUCAAGCAGGCCAUGCUCUUAGUGACUCUCCUGUCCGACCCCCACAACUUCACUCAAGCAAUCCAUCAUUACCAGCAUUACCUCCUGACAUGGCAGAUUAUCGGUUGGCUGCAGAUUUGCUGCGAGAGUUUGGUCGUGGCCGUCAGGAUACAUCAGGAUUUGUCACCCUUGAGGAGUUCAUGUUGUCACGGCAAGAAGAGGAUAGGAGAGCACUUCGUGGGAGCCACAACUCAGAGCGUGAACGGUCUGAACACACCCAACAACCUUCACUGACAUCAACAGGUAGCAGUAGGCAGUGUGGAUCUUCUAGUCGGAAUUUAUCAGCCACGCCUGAGACAGCUGAAAGAAACAGUAGCCAAACAUCACAACUAGCUUUGAACAUAAGUACAAACAGUUCACGUCUGUGCUUCCCAAACAACAGGGAAGAUGGAUCAAACCAUGGUGACAGAAAUGGCCAUUCUGAGAGAAUUCGACUACCAUCAAUGAGACAAGGAGGAAGUGAAAGUAGUGUUGGCAAGUCACAACCAAGACCUCCUUUGAAGCCUGCGGCACAGUACCAGCCGCCACCAGCAGCAGUGGCAGCUGCAUCCACCCUUGCGCCAGGCUUUGAGAUGCACUUAGGUGAAAAGACACCGGAACAGCGGCGGCGUGUUGCAGAUAGCAGCCCCCCUCUUUCUUCAGCAACAGCAGCAGUGCCAGAUCCAGGAAAGCCUACAAUGGGGAUCUCGAUGCUUGGCAAAAAGCCGGGCCGCCGUGUGCCCCCCUCUCCCACUCCUGACUACCCUGGUCUAGAGUAUCCCCCUGUGUUCGAGCCUGAGACGUAUACGCUGAGCGACGCUAGCAGCCUGGCUCGCUCCCGUGCCAGGCAGCGUCCCCCCAAGUGAGAUUCCCUCCUACACCCCAUUUAUUUGCACCAGUCAACUGUGGUACAAAUCUGAACUAGCAUUCCUUGUGUAGACAUAUCAAAUUGAUCAGUCACCUUUAACGGGUGGGCACUUUAAUUUACUUAACGAUGAAACUGGGCUGUACUAUUCCAACAAAUUGUGAUAGGUGUGACAUAUUUAAAAAAUGUCAUGGGACUAGGUGUCAUACAAUUUGUUUGUGCAUGUUGCAUGCUUAUUCAGCUGCUUCUGGACUUUUGCCUGACAUCCAAUUGAAUAAUUUUAUUGCUGAGAGUGAAGUAAUUAUGCGCUUUCUUAUAAUACUCCAAAACACGUCCUCAGUAAAAUUUCUGUAAAAUGACUCACUUGAUUUACAAGAUUUUAAUGACUAAUUUUGCUUAAUAUUCAAGACUGGAAAAGGUGGUGAUACACCCAUAUAUUAUAUAUAAAGAACAAUGUAAUUUUCUUACUUGGUCAGAAUUUUCUGUUAUGUAUUUGUAGUUGUGGAGAUACAGGGUACAGUUACACCUCAGUCUGGGAGAACUGAAUUUCUGAUAAUUACUGCUAUCUUUGUAUACAAAGAGUAAUUUAUGUGAAACUGUGUAGUGAUAUUUUGGCUACAUGUCUUAUGUAGACUAUUUAAAUCAAAUAGUUUAUUGUACUUGUUGAGACAUAGUUGUUAUACAAACACCCACCAUUCUUACCUGUAAAUGUUUCAGUGUAAUAAUACUGGUACAGUAAAAGCAGAAGUUUGUAGUUUGAGAAGAGAGAUGCAGAUACGAUCAGCAUAAACUAUAUACAAGUAGCAUUGUCCUGGCAAGAAAAAUUAUCACAGUCAGACUGACAGAAUUCCCAAACACAAUAAAAAUGGAAUGGAGAUGAUUCCUUCAAUAAAAAUCUAAAGACUAGCACAGUAUGAACACAUUAAUGUGAGAAUUAUCCAAAUAUAAAUCGUUGGGUCAGAAACUAGAAAUGUGGAGUGCUGCAUCAUAUCAGAUUGAGGCUGUUCCCAUCAUUUGUGGUAAAAUAAAACUGUCCACUGGCAAGUUUCAGAGUAUAAGAUGAAUGCAGAUUAAAAGAUGAAUUUCCAGUGUAACUAAAUAAAAUGUAACGAGGAGGAAUGGAUUGUACUUAGGUUUAGGGUUGCAAAGCAAGAAACUGACGUGUACAGCUAAACAGUGGCAUCAGAAUUUGUCAUUUCUCUGUGCAGUGUGAUCUGUAGUAUACUAAGCACAGUUAUUUUGUGAAUUCUAAUGGUUGUAUGGUAUUAAUUAUUGUUGGAUGCAACAAAAAGAGCCAUACUUCAUCACAAGUAAUGAAUCUCCAUUGCUUGACUGUCAUAUGCGUAUCUUGUCUUUCAAUUCAUUUUGUGAUAAUGUAUCAGAUACUUUUGUGCCAAUGAGCACAUUAUCUUUUGACAGCUAAAUUUUCUGUAGCUUUGAACAAUUUAGUCUGUUCAAAUACUAGAAAUUUCAUUGACUAAACGAACUCUUUAAAGUUUUACUGCACAUACAAAUCUGCUUGGACACAAAAGUUGAAUUUCAACAAGUAUGCCUGUUACCAUCAUAAAUGAAACAUUUGGACAUCGUGCCUACACUAAGCAUUUCCACCAAUCUUACUGUCUCUUAUAUUGAGCAACUGUAGCACUCACAAUGCUCCACAAAUUAUAUGAUUGUUGAUCUCAAAGUCAUAAUGUAUAAAGAUGAAUAGUGUUGAAUGCAUGAAAGUUUAUACUCAGAUGGCACAAAUAACAAAAGGACUUUGUGCUGAGCUAUUUUGUAUAAAAUUAUAAGUCUUACUCAUAAAAUGUGUGCAAUAUCCCAAGAGAAAUUUUGAUAAAGAUGUAUUUGAAAUACAAAAUUAUCAUCCCACAAGGUUCCAUACACGUAAUAGUUUGGAAGUAGACAAAUGGCAGAUAAGUUGUACAAAAUUAGAUUAUGUGCCUCUUUAUGAUUAUACUUAGUUUCAGUUAAUGAUUUUGAUACGCAUUAUGAACUUGCCCACUUCCUCAGCACAGUUGAGGAUAAUUGAACUAAGGGUGCAAGUAAAUUACGUUUAUUGCUACUUAUCUCAACCUCACAAACAGAAGUACCUAGACCAUCAUGUACUGAUGUGUAUCAGUUCUUCUGCUGAAAAGUAAAUGGGUAUUAUAUUCUGGCCAGUGGAUAUUAUGGGAAACUUCUGCUUUUAUGAAUGUAGUUUUACAAAUACUGUGGCUGAACACUUUGGUACUCUUACUGUUUGUCUUUUGUCAGGCUGCAGUAAUGAUUGAUUGCUUUCCUGAGAUGCUGAUCAUUAUAGCUCUGUACAGAUCAUUUACAAGCUUUUAAGCUGCUUUAAGCAUAGUACUGAUCACUGUAAUGUGUACAUUCAGAAACUUAUGAAAAUUAUUGAAAAAGCUUCUAAAUACACAUUUUGUCUUGAGAUUAAUUUCGAUUUAGUGCAGGCUGAUCAAGAACAGUAAAUAAUAAGUCCCUAUUCUGUGAGAUGGUACCAAAAUAAAAUUUCAGGUAUUGAUUUGAAUAAUGGAAGACAUGACGGUUAACUGCAAGCAAACAUGGUAGUACUGCACAAGGAGGUAUUCCUACCAGUUUUCAUAAUAACAUCAGUUAAAAUAUUUCAUAACAGAUCAGCAUCCCAGAAACCUCAGACAUUCAAUGUUACUUAUGUGAAACAUUUGCAUACUUAUGUGAGACAUUUGCAUACUUAUGUGAGACAUUUGCAUACUUAUGUGAAACAUUUGCAGACAACUUUUUAUGAACAGUAAUGCUUUCCCAGAUAUAUAUGUUUGCUUGUUUAAGAAAAGGCUCCACAAUGAUGUCCAAAAUUGUCACACAGAUAUUACAGAUGAUGGAAGCAUUGAGCUUGCAAGUAUAAUAAAAUAAAUUUUUAGUACUGUAAGACAAAACUGAAUAUUUUUUGUUAGUCAGAAUGUAAGUUCAUCUUAUUGACAUUCAUCUUCUACAUUUAAAGAUCAACUAGUGCCAUAUUAAGAGAAAAGGGCACAAUGUGGUAUUGCAUCACAUUUAUCAUAUGUGCAGCAUUGCCCAGAUUAUAAAAACCUACACUUUGUUAUUUUUAUACAGAAUCAUAAUGUCAGCCUUAUAAAAUGAAAACAGUGAAGAAAUCCCACUUAAUGAGAAUAUCCUAGUGGAAUAUGCUCUAUGACAAAGGAAAAAUGUCUAAGCUAUGAUGGUUUCAGAAGGUCUUAGAUAACAAGUUUAUUGUGAAGCAGCACUAAAGCUGUAUCCUCUACACGAUUAAUAUUGCUCAGCGUUCUUGGGUGUUAGAACUUCAGUAAUUCCAAAGAAGAAUUAAAUUAGAAAAGUAGUGAUGAAGAAAUUAAAAUGAAACUUUUUAAUGAACGGUUUAUGUGCCUGCUUUUUGGUUUCUUCGCAAUUGGCCAUUUUCAUAGCACUAAAAGGUGUAGUAAAAACUAAUAAUGUUUAAUAAAUUUACAAUAGGCCUACAGUAAAAUUAAGAGGGUUUUUCCUUUACAGUAUUGUAACUUUGUGCUGAUUGCCAGCAGGUUUUAUCGUAGCUUUGGCAAAAUCAUUUUGCUUCCAUCAUUUGUGAUUUUGAAGUUAACUCACAUUAUGCUUUAGAAAUAAUUGAUAACAAUUAGCCUGUACAUUUCUAGCUGCCAUGUUGUAUGUUCUCUGGGAAAUGGAUUGUUGACAAAACAGUAUCUUCUAAACAUCAGGUCAUCCAUGAUUAAAAUAUUCAUAAAACUGUAUUUUCUUUACUAACACAUGUCUCAACAAGAAGCACUAAGCACAUUAAUCAAAAGCUUCAUUAUGUAAUAAAUUUUUCAUUGGUUUAUAACGUUAUUUUUUACUGCUUGUUUGUCAGAUUUAACAUUUCUCACUUCCCUUACAUGAAAAAGAUUCACAUAAAUGCCAAUUAACGAGUAACAUUGGAUUUCUCCUAACCAAGAUUGAGGCUAACAUCAGAAUGUAAAGGAACUUUUGGAGUUUACUUGCUACUCCAAAUACCUCCAGGAUCUCCUCCUAAUUUUCAUUGUCAAGAGCGGGUGCUGGUGACUGUGCACAGUUGAGUGCCCCAAAAACCAAACAUCAUCAUCAUUGUCAAGAGAUCGCAUCUUCUAAUAUGUAUCCAGUGGAAGCCUGUCUUUGUUUAACAUCUUCAGUUGUCUUUCCUGUUUUCUUUUACCUGCUGUCCUAACCAUUUUAUGAAUAACUGGAAUUAGUUUGCUGAAUAAGUAUGUGUAAUUCUUCUAUAGUUCAAGAAAUAAAUUUUACACACCAGACUUUGAUGUAGUUUGGCUGAUGCAUGUAACUCAGUUUUGCAUGAUUUUUCUGCACGAUGGAAUAUGCUGGUAACUUUUGACUUGGCUUUUUUAUUUCCAGAGUUAUGCAUGCUGUAUUGAUAAAGACUCUGGUGCACGUGAGAGCCAAAUGUCAGAAUAAUUUUCCACCCUUCAUCGUCCCCAUUGCAGAUGUCUUAUGAAUGUAAAUCUACGAUGUUAAUUUUAAAAUGACUGUAAGAAUCAGAAAUGUAUAGAUAUAUUUACACUAUAAUAUUGUAAAAAAAAUUAAAUAAAUAUGUUUUAUUGUU